AACUGCCUUUCCUAGUGGAGGACGCGGAUCCCACCACCAAACGCAUGCGCCCCAGACCCCGACGCGGGCGCGCGAGGGCUUGCCGUUUCUCUAGGCGGCGCGGUGGGCGGGGACUGGGCGGAGAGGCGCCCGCCGGUGUGUGCGUGCGCGCGCGCCUCGGGCGGGCCGGAGAAGCUGGAGGCCCUGGCACGUGAUCUGGGGCUGGCUAGGUCGCUCGGUGGUUCCGUCUGUCUGUCGGUCCGCGGGUGCCAUCAUGGCGGACGCGGCCAGUCAGGUACUCCUGGGCUCCGGUCUCACCAUCUUGUCCCAGCCGCUCAUGUACGUGAAGGUUCUCAUCCAGGUGGGAUAUGAACCUCUUCCUCCAACAGUAGGACGAAAUAUUUUUGGGCGGCAAGUAUGUCAGCUUCCUGGUCUCUUUUCUUAUGCUCAGUACAUUGCCAACUGCGAUGGGAAGCGUGGGUUGUUCACAGGCCUGACUCCAAGACUCUGUUCAGGAGUUCUGGGGACUGUGGUCCAUGGCAAAGUUUUACAGCAUUACCAGGACGAUGAAAAGGUUGAGGAGUUAGGUCCUGGAAAUGUACAGAAAGACGGUUCAUCUUCCUUCGACCGAGUUAUCAAGGAGACAACACGAGAGAUGAUGGCUCGUUCCGCUGCUACCCUCAUCACACAUCCCUUCCACGUGAUCACUCUGAGAUCCAUGGUACAAUUCAUUGGCAGAGAAUCCAAGUACUGUGGACUUUGUGACUCCAUAGUAACCAUCUAUCGGGAAGAGGGCAUGCUAGGAUUUUUUGCGGGUCUUAUUCCUCGCCUCCUAGGUGACAUCAUUUCUUUGUGGCUCUGUAACUCACUGGCCUACCUCGUCAAUACCUAUGCGCUGGACAGCGGGGUGUCCACCAUGAAUGAAAUGAAAAGUUAUUCCCAAGCUGUCACAGGAUUUUUUGCCAGCAUGUUGACCUAUCCCUUUGUGCUCGUCUCCAAUCUCAUGGCUGUCAACAACUGUGGGCUCGCUGGUGGAUGCCCUCCUUACUCCCCAGUAUAUAAUUCUUGGAUAGAUUGCUGGUGCAUACUGCAGAAAGAGGGAAAUAUGAGCCGAGGAAAUAGCUUGUUUUUCCGGAAGGUCCCCUUUGGGAAGACUUAUUGUUGUGACCUGAGAAUGUUAAUUUGAAGAUGUGGGACAGGGACAGUGACAUUUCUAUAGUCCCAGAUGCACAGAAUUAUGGGAGAGAACGUUGAUUUCUAUACAGUGUGGCGCGCUUUUUAAAUAAUCAUUUAAUCUUGGGAAAAUGGAGGUGUUUGGUGUCUGCCUUUUUUAUUGUUUCCCAGCACAGCAUAAUGUACCACUAAUACCCCCUCUUUAGUUACUCUGAAAUGGGACACUCUGGCUCCAGACCUCUCAUUUUACUUACACAGAAAGAAAAAAAGUUGCCUUUUCUUAAAGAUUGUCAUGCGAUUUAAGUCUUACCUAAUUCAGAGCUUUGUAAAAUGAAGACUACAAUCCCAAGAAGAGAAAUAGUUCCGUGAAACUUAAGAAAAUCCAUAAGGCAGACUCUGAGGGAGGUCGUGACUGUAACAACUCAACGGCAUCCACCGGAACCUGCCCCCCGUUGUAUGCUUCUAAGCACGUUUGAUGAGCCCGUCUCUCCUGUGUCAUGAACAGGACAAUGCAUUGCCGAGUUACCCUAGGAAAUCGCUGUGUGAGGCAUACACAUCUUCCCUCUAUUGUUGAAAAGUGAUAAAUUGUUGCCAACAGCAGAAAAAAAGACAAUGAUAGAGAAUAGGCAAGAUUUGGAGAGGAAGCAUAAUGACUUCCCCCCAAAAGAGAUUCUUGUCAUUUAAAAUAUGAAAAGCAAAUACUGCAGCACCCGCCCCUUCUCUAAAAGCUACGUAUUUGCCUGUCCCUAAGUGACAUCUUUACACAGUUCUAAUUGUAUAUGCUCUUCUUCAGUUUUUGUUUUGUUUUCCUUUUGUUGUUGCAGAAGGUGAGUAGUUUGGUUUUCCUUCCUUCUGACACCCUUAGAAAGUGUACUUGUAAGUUCCUAUCAGGCGGUACAGUCCACAGGGUUCUUUAGAAGGAAAUGAAUUUCAACUCAAGCAUAAAGCUUCUUUUUACUCAGGACUUUUAAAAGCAGGUAAAAUGCUCUAAGAUGAGAAUGCAUAUGGUUUCGAGUUUUUUAAGUAAUCCACUAGGAUGUUGCCAAAUGAGUAAGCACUUACUUCGCUGCUUCUGAGACCUCCCUAUCAAAGCAGCAGCCCCCUAACGUCAGAGUGAGCAUGCAGGGGCCUCCUUCCUCCUCCAGGGUUUAGCAAUACAGCCUGAAGCUCAUGGGUAGCUUACCUUGAAAUGUCUCUGAUGUCUCUUACUUUGUCUCCAAAAGUAAUGUAAAUUUUAUAUUCUAUUCAAUAUUAUAUGCAUUUGUUUAAUAUAAAAAUGUUUUGCAUUACCCGUCUUACCCCUCCCCCCAAGAAAGUCUUCAAGUAAAGAUGAUCUAGGAAAACCUGC